CAAGAACAAAACACAAGUGGAUAUACCCCCAAAACUAGCUUGUAUAAAUACCCCUUAAUUCUAACUCAAUAUGAUCAUUGACUCAUUGCUUAAAUAGUAUUUCAUCAUGCAAAGAGAAAGAGAUACAUUGAGACUUGCUAGAGUGAUAGGGGAUGUUUUGGAUCCAUUCACAAAGUCUAUUAACCUAAGAGUUGUUUAUAACAAUAAGGAGAUUAGAAAUGGUUGUGAUUUGAGGCCUUCUAUGGUUGUCAACCAACCUAGGGUUGAAGUUGGAGGAGACGAUUUUCAGACUUUUUACACUCUGGUUAUGGUGGAUCCUGAUGCUCCAACUCCCAGUAAUCCUUGUCACAAGGACUAUUUGCACUGGUUGGUCACUAACAUUCCAGCAAGCACAGGAGUAACCUUUGGAAAUGAAGUUGUAUCUUAUGAGUGUCCAAGACCUACAAUGGGAAUACAUCGACUUGUUCUAGUUUUAUUUCGUCAAUUGCGUCGAGAAAUCAUCUAUGCUCCCGAAAAUCGCCAAAAUUUCGAUACGAGGGAAUUUGCAAAGCUCUAUAAUUUUGGAUUACCAGUAGCUGCGGUUUAUUUCAAUUGUCAAAGAGAAAAUGGUACUGGUGGUCGUAGAAUAUAAUAUUGUUCGAAAUCUUUUAAAAAUGUUGUUGUUACUUGUUAGUAUUAAAUUGCUUUAAAAAAACCCGUCACUUUUUAGAAGAUUAUUCGAUAUACUUCUAUCGAUAUUUUCUAAAAGCCCGGAGUGAUAUA